AUGGUUAAUGACAGGAUGGAGUCCAAGGAUUUGGCAGUAGGAGUUAUAUUCAUCCUUCAAUGUUCCAUGGGAAUUCUGAGACAUUUCACACUUCUAUCUUAUUACCUAAUGCUUCAUUAUAAUAAACACACAUUAAAACCAAUUGAUUUGAUUCUCAUGAACAUGUUCAUAGCCAACUUCUUGUUAAUUUUCUCUAAAAGUGUGCUACAGACAGUGGAAAUUUUUGGGAUGGAACUGUUCUUCAAUGUCUUUGUUUGCAAAUUUCUUUUGUAUAUUGAAAGAGUUGGCCGAAGUGUUUCUGUUGCUACCGUCUGUCUCUUGAGUGUCUUCCAAGCCAUCACCAUCAGUCCCAGAAACUCCUGCCUUAAUGGUCUUAAAGUAAAAGUUCCAAAGUACAUCAACCUCUCUAUUUUCUUUUGCUGGCCUCUGUAUUUUGUUAUAAAUAUGAUUUUACCAGUGUAUGGAUGUAUUAAGUGGAAUAGCAAUAACAUGACAUAUAAAAGAUCUGUAAAAUACUGCUUUAGUAUAGGUCAUGAUGAAUUAACAAGCUCUAUUUUUACAAUACUUUUUGUAUUCCCUGAAGUCUUUCUUGCUAUCCUUAUUGUCUUGUCUGGAAGCUCAAUGGUUGUCACUUUGUAUAGGCACAAGCAGCAGGUUCAGCACAUCUACUGCAAUUAUGCUUGUACCAGAACGUCCCCUGAAUCAAGAGCCACCAAGAGCAUUGUGGUACUAGUGUCAGUCUUUAUUUGCUUUUAUUCUGUCUCUUCCAUCUUAUAUGGCUGCAUUGCUCUUUUCUGUGAUGAUAGCUGGUGGUUGAUAAACAUUGCACACAUCAUUUCUCUGUGUUUUCCAAUUUUUGGUUCCUUUUUGGUGAGCCAUAACCCUGCUUUGUCCAGAUUCAGCUUAUCCUGGAUAAAAAAUACACGAAGAGUAUAAAUUUAUCAAAUGUAUACAAAUUAUAUUAAUUUAGUCAUUUAGUUUCAAGUAUCAAUAUAAAAUCUUAUAAAAAAGCCAUUUUAUUUCUUAGUGGAACUGUAAUAAUUGUUUACACUUCAUAUUGUGUUCAUUAUCACCGAUAUGUACACAGCAAAGAAGUUGAAUGGGUUGUCCUUUACUCAAUAAAUAUAGCUGUUUUGGCAAAAAUAUUAAGUAGAUUUUCUCAAGGCUAAGUGAAUACUUUUUACUGUGAUUCUGAAAAGAUGUUUCCGUAACAUUUGACCAAGAAAUGAUACAUAUGAUUUUGUUUUUAAGAAGCAAGCACAGUUACUAGAGUGGUAGAUAUUGUUAGAAAGUAGUUAAUUAUUAAAUUUACUAUGUAUGUUUAAUUGUUUUGCAAUAUUUUGCUCUGUAGUUUUUAUUAUAUUUGUGUGAAAAGAACACUAUGAAACAGGCACAAUAGCAGUUUUAAAAACAAUGUAUAAAAUAUGUUUGCUGCACAAUAGAUUAAAACAUAAAUUUCCUGUGACAAA